AGGGGCGCGGUCUCCAUAACAACGCCGGGGACGCUGCGCAUCUUUCGGCCCGCGGGCACCGCUAGGCCCCGGCCCGGCCCGGCCCGGCCCGGCUCGGCUCGGCUCGGCUCGGCACCGCGCCGUCAUGCUGCCCGGGCGGCAGGAGGAGGACUUCCAGCGCUUCCUGCGCCGCGUGGACGACAUCACCAACUUACUUCAAGGCUUGAACUCUCCGGACCCAGCUGUGAAGGAAAAUGCCCUUGCAGAAACAGAGAAAAGGCUCCGUGAGCAGGAGACCAGCAAGCAGGAAGAAAGCAAGACUACGGUGAACAGAACAGUCAUCAACACGCGGGCUUCUGACGUGUCAACUGCAGAGGCGGUGAACCCAGAUGGCUUUCUGGCAGCUUUGGAAAAAGAUGCAAAAGAACGAGCUAAACGAAGAAAAAGAAAUGAACGUUUAGCGAACGCUCUGAAAGAGAAAGGAAAUGAUGCCUUCAGGAAAGGAGACUAUGACACAGCCAUUCAGAGAUACACUGAAGGUCUGGAAAAACUGAAAGACAAGCAGGAACUCUAUACCAACAGAGCACAGGCCUACCUGAAAAUGCAUGAAUAUGAAAAAGCCAUUGGUGAUUGCGAAUGGGCAUUGAAGUGCAGUGAAAAAUGUAUUAAAGCCUAUUUUCUAAUGGGGAAAGCUCACCUGGCCCUUAAGCACUACAGUGAGUCUAGGCAGUGUUACCAGAAGAUCUUACAAAUUGAUCCCCAAAAGGAAAGUCUGUUUAAAGACUGUUUAAAUGAGGUGAACUUGGAGGAAAAAAGAAUGAAAGAAGAAGACAGAGCAAUGAAGGAAUUUCUGUCCGGAAAACUUGCGGCUCUGUCAGUAAAAGAAUUGCUGCGGAAACUUGACAGGCCUGACCAGAAUAUCCUCUUCUAUACAGGAGGGAUCAGAGCUCUGACAGGAGCCGUGAAAGAUUGCACUGAGCAAACUUUAUUUAGAACAAACAAUGGAUUCAGUAUCAUCAAUGACAACGAGGUCGUAAGACGGGGCUUCUGUGCAGAGAGAAAAAACAUGGCUGAAGUGGAUUUGUCUGUUUCUCUUCUCUUCCUUUGGCAAGCUGUCUGCGCUGGGAAUGAAGAAAAUCAACGGCUUCUAUUGACUCACCCUGAUGUGAAUGCACAGCUGUCAAAACUACUUGCUUCUGGUGCAUCGGAGAUCCAAAAGGAGACAUUGGCACUAAUCAAGCUCUACUCAGAGAAUGAAAAUGGGAGGAGAUUGUUGGUCAGGCAUCAGGACCUAUCCAGAUGGCUGCAGAUCUUGAUGAUGUUCAUCAAAACCACUGAUGCCAGAGCUAGCAGUGCCAUGAAUAUACUGUCUGAUUUAACUCAAGAGGAGAAGUUCAAAACCCAGUGUCGCAUCAUGUUUUCCACAGGUGUUUUACCUUUAUUCACCCAGUUACUGACCUCUGCCAAGAUGGUGAACCAGGCAGCCCUUGCCCAAUGCAUUGGCAUCAUGGGGAAUCUGUGUGCAGAUGCAGUCAUCCGAAUGAAGAUGGCUGAGAGCAAAGAGUGCUGGCAAGCCUGCAUGAAGCUUGUGGAUGAAUAUUUUGAUGUGAACACUCCCAAGUAUCAGGAGUGUUUGUUUGCGGUGCUGGGCCUAAUGAUGAACUUACUGCUUGAAUCAAAUGCGAUCAUCCAGUGCCUUGCUGUGGACGUAAGUGGCAGAUGCAUGUCUCUCCUCGGGGAUAAGGAUGGAAGAAUUGUGACUAGAGCCACUGGAGUGUUAAGUCGUGUCCUUCCGGCAUCCUCUUUGGCAGUAGAAGCAGUAGUGAAAGAAGGGGUGGUGAAGAAAAUGAUCAAAUUCUUGAAGGCUGGAGGACAGAUCACAUCCAAUUACGCUAUAAAGACUCUUUCCAUCUGCACAAGAGGUAACAAACAAGCUCAAGAAGAGGUGGUGAAGUCAGAUAAAAGGUUCAGUGUGCUGUUGAAGCUCUUGGAAUCAGAGAAUGAAAUCAUCGUGGGAAAUGCUGCUUUCUGCCUUGGCCAGUGCCUUGUAGUUCCUGGAGCAGCGACAUCAUUACUGAAUUCCAAUGUUGUGAUGACUUUGUUGAAACAUGCUGGUGGUGACGCUACGAGAACUUCAGUGCAGGAGAAUGCUGCAAUUGCUCUGGGGAAGCUGUGUGUCGCUGAACCAAGGCAUGUCGUUCAACUGCGUGAACUCAAUGGCAUGGCCAUCCUGAACUCUUCUAUGAAAUACAUACAUAGCAUCUGAUGUCCUCAAGAAAGUUUUUGUAUAAGCUGUUUAAUAGCCCUUGCUGUUGAAUAUCUUCUUUUAUUAAUAAAACUAACUCAAAGCAGAUAACCUGUUCAACCACUUUUCAGAAGUGUGUGCUCAUCCUACAAAGAAGCCAGUGAAACAACAUCGAUGUAAAUAUCAGGAGAAAGAAGUUAAUUUAUUAUCUAAGCUUACAAAAAUAACAGUUCUGCUAAGCUUGUAUUUACCUUAAUAAAUGAUGUCGCCCUU